AUGAGUUUAAAACCAUUCACCUACCCAUUUCCAGAGACAAGGUUCCUUCAUGCAGGAUCCAAUGUGUAUAAAUUCAAAAUCAGAUAUGGCAACAGUAUCAGAGGAGAAGAAAUAGAGGAUAAGGGAGUCAUCAUCCAGGAGCUUGAGGAUUCUAUUCGUGCAGUCUUGGCAAACAUGGACAGCCUGCAGCCCUUUGUUACAGAACACUUCAUUGUAUUUCCCUAUAAAAGCAAGUGGGAGAGAGUUUCCCACCUGAAGUUUAAACAUGGAGAAAUCAUCCUGACCCCCUACCCGUUUGUUUUUACUCUGUAUAUAGAGAUGAAAUGGUUUGCUGAAAGUCUGCCUUCAGGGAAACCAGCAGAUGAUAUUCCUCUUGAGUUGGUCCUAGCUGAGAAGGAAGCAGAAGAAGCCACAAUGAGGAAACGGAAACUCUGGGAGGAGCCCAACUCCCCUAGCAGGCCAGGGCCACACAGGGCCAAGAUGGAGACAUCUAGUGAAGCUUCCAGCACUAAGGAGCCUCUGAAGGAGAGCAAGAGGAGCAGGGACGAAGAAGGCCAGCAGGAAUACCAGGCUAGCCCAGCUUCUAAUGCCAUUGCUGACAAAGAACGGGAUGCUACACUGGGGCAUAGCCUGCUAGGGCUGGUUGUCCCUUCACUGCAACAUAGCAAUCCAUCACCACUGAAAGAGCCAGGAGCCAGAGGCUUCUUGGGGUUUCUAAGUGCUCUCUUCCCAUUCCGGUACUUCUUCAGGAAGAGCAGUCAGUGA